AUGGUGAGUUUAGACUCGGCUGGAGCCGGCACGAAACCGUUUGGAUAGCUGUGCUCUGAAGAAAUACGUGGCGCGUCAUUUCAUCAGGCCAUAGUUGUCCAAAUUGUUCUUUUUGCACACUUUUCCUUUCAACUUUUACAGAUUAUCACGUUGAAAUCAUUGAAAAGCGCAGGAAAAGUUUCCCAGACAGUAAGAUUUGCUGAAACAUGAAAGUUGGUACCUCUAACUUUGAAGGUCUAUAUCUUGAGAGCCAAUUAGUGUAUCAAGCAGUGGUCAACAGCAAAGUUGUUGCAAAUUGUAUGCUCUACAACUUUGUAACACAUCAUUUUAUCCAAAAAUAAGUAAUUCUCAAGUUAUGAGCAAAUUCCUGUACACAUACGAUAGCGACGCGCGGAACCCGUGAGACGUCGGUACAUUCGGAGGCAUUAGGGUGGUCCCUUCUGGUUAUUCAUUGAUUUCUAAACUCGAAGGGCCUUCCUUAAGACCCCGAUUUUAUAAUUUUUGGGAACCCUGAUCUGCCGGUCAGGGUAAAAAGAAGCAGAUAAGUGGCAGUUUUUGAAGGUUUCGUCCUAAUAUCCCAAAAAGUUGGUUAGUAUGGAUUCUUGAUGGGACAAUGUUGGAAUUUGGAAAAUUUGGGAUUACUUGGAAACCAUAAAGAUUCAAAUGUUUCAGGUCCAGAGUUGUAUCACUAGAAAAGCACGUUUUGGUCCGAUUACUGUACAUUCAAAACGCUGUAUCUCAGCUGUCAUUAAGGAUACCAAAAAGUUGUCAACUAAUAAAAUGUUCAUUGGAAAACUGUUGACAUUUUAUCAGUUGACACUUUUUUGAUAUUCUCACUGAUAGCAGAGAUACAUCAAUUUGAAUAUGCGUUACUUGAAGCGGCUCUAACCACUUACUUUAAGGUCCAUAAUGACAAUAUUCAGCAGUUCGAGUAGCUAGAAACGGUGUAACGGUUGUACUACACUAUAGAGAACCCGUGGUUUACACCUGAACACAGUUCGCAAUAGGUGAGACCGUUAACAGCCGUUAAAGUUCUCACGUUGUUUCUUUUUCUUUUCACGGCCAACUAACAACCGUAGCAUUUCAUCAGCUACCGUAAUCCUCAUCGAGCCCGCUUCAUAACCCUUGCUCAUUUGCGAUCCGGUAGGGUUACGGUAGCUGCUGCUCAAAUCGUGGAAGGCUUUGCAGGAUUCCCGACUCGGAUCCAUGCCAAUAUGGAAAUCGUUUGCUAUUGA